AUGAGGGAAAAUUCCAGUAUUAGGGGCAUACGGGGGAGAGCAGAGCGAAAUGAUAAGGGGAAGGGGAAGCGGGGAGGUGGGGUACGCGGAAACGGCGGAGUUGGUAGCGAAUCAGUUGAUAACGGAUCGAACAGCUGGAGAUCCCAAGGCUGGGACGACGAAACAAGCAAAUAUGGAGGCGCCUACAACUCGUCGAGUGCUUAUAACGGAGGCGGUUACAGCGAGGACGAGCGGAAUGUGACUAGAACGGUGGACCAACUGAUGGAGCGAUUCGAGUCGCUUCAGCAGCAGAGAGAGCGGGGCGCAGGUGGCGCCGCGAUUGGCGGAGGCAUGACGCGAUUCGAGAUGGAUGAUGACGAGGUGGAGGAGGAGGGGGGCGGGGAGGAUCUGGAGGAGCUAGAGGAGGGGGUGCUGGAUGUGAUUGUAGGGGAGAGUGACUAUGAAGACGAGGAGGAGGAAGAGGAAGAGGAGGAGGAAGAGGAGGAGGAAGAGGAGGAGGAGGAGGAGGAGGGAGGGGAGGGGAUGGGGAUGGAGGGGAUGAGCAUGAGCGAGAGAGUGCAUCAGCUGCAGAUGCGAGUACAGCAAGCUCAGUAUGCCACCGCUGCUGAUGCUGAUGCUGGUGCAGGUGGUGGUGGUGGUGCGGUGAUCACGGCUCGUGAUCUGGCGAGGCUGUUUGACCACCCCAUUGACAAGUUCCAGCGAGUGGCGAUAGAGGCCUUUCUGCGAGGGUCGUCAGUGGUGGUGUGUGCGCCCACCAGCAGCGGCAAGACACUCGUGGGGGAGGCAGCGGCAGCAGCCACCAUGGCGCGGGGAGGGCGCCUCAUCUACACCACGCCGCUCAAAGCCCUCUCCAACCAGAAACUCCGGGACUUCAGGGUGAAGUUUGGGGAGGGCAACGUGGGGCUGCUGACUGGUGACGUGGCAGUGAACCGAGACGCGCCCAUCCUCGUCAUGACCACUGAAAUCCUGCGCAACAUGCUCUACACCAGCAUGGGGGCGGGCGAGGCGGAGGAGGAGAGGCUGAGGGGAGUGGAGGCGGUGGUGCUGGACGAGGUGCACUACCUGUCGGACAUCUCAAGGGGCACUGUGUGGGAGGAGACGGUGAUCUACUGCCCCAAGUCCAUUCAGCUAGUGUGCCUCUCCGCCACGGUCGCCAACCCUGAUGAGCUUGCAGACUGGAUUGGCAGGGUGCAUGGGCGCACGGAGCUCGUCACCUCACAGCACCGCCCGGUACCGCUCAAGUGGCACUUCUCCACACGUUUCCGCAUGCUGCCUCUUCUUGACAACCGUGGCCGUGACAUCAACCCUCAGCUGCUGCUGCGCCCUUCUGGUGACCCGUUUUUGGAGGAGCUGCAGUCCGGUAGGAUGCUGCCACGUGGCAGUGGCAGAUCCUUCCAACGGUGGGAUGCGGAUGACCAAAGCAGCAGCGGCGGCAGUGGCAAGCGAGGGAAGGAAUCUAAGGGUUUCGCAGGGAGAGCAGACAGAGACGCAGGGAGAGUAGGCAAGAAGGGCAGCAAGAACGGGAAGGGGAUCGCAGCAGCUUUGUCUCGUAGUGGGGGAGGGUUAGCCGAGCUGGUGGGGAAGGGGCGGCGGGGGGAGGCGAAGAACCGAGUAGAGGAGCUGUCGGCGCAGCAGGUGCAGCAGCAGUGGCGGCGGCAGGUGCCGCGGGUGAGAGACACACUGGAGCAGCUGAGAAAGAAGGACAUGCUGCCCGCCAUCUGGUUCAUCUUCAGCCGGCGAGGCUGCGACACCGCUGUGUCUUUUGUUCGGGAUACCAACCUGCUGUCGCCCCGUGAACAGGAGGAGGUGGCAGAAGCGAUAGCAGCGCUGAGGCAGCAGCAGCCGGAGGCGGUGAGGGAGGGGGCGGUGGAGGCGCUAAAGAAGGGAGUGGCGGCGCACCAUGCGGGGUGCCUGCCACCCUGGAAGGGGAAAGCACUCAAGAAGGGAGUGGCGGUGCACCAUGCAGGGUGCCUGCCGCCCUGGAAGGGGUUCGUGGAGGACCUGUUUCAACGCGGGCUCGUCAAGGUCCGUGGUUCUGAGAGGUGUUGUGUGGUGCUGUGUGGUGCCGUGCGUGCGGUGCUGUGUGGUGCUGUAUGGUGUGGUGUGCACCACCACUGUGCUCUCUGCCCCUCCUUUCUCUGCCCCUCCUUUCUCUGCCCCUCCUUUCUCUGCCCCUCCUUUCUCUGCCCCUCCUUUCUCUGCCCCUCCUCUCUUUGCCCCUCUUCUCUUUACCGCAUCUCUCGUCCUCUUCCGCCUCUUCCCCCUCCUCGCUCUUCCCCGCCCUUCCCUUUCCUCUCCAAACCGCGGCUUAACCCACCGUUGCUGCUUUCCCUCCCUCCCGCCCUCCCGCCCUCCCCCCAUCCACACCCCACCAGGUGGUAUUCGCAACAGAGACACUUCCCCACUCCUCUCUCCUCCUCCCCCCCUCCCUCCCCACCUUCGCCUUCCUCCCACCAGGUGGUGUUCGCCACAGAGACACUGUCAGCGGGCAUCAACAUGCCUGCUCGCACCACUGUGCUCUCUGGGCUAUUUCCUCUAUCCCUCCCCUCCUCCCCAGUCCCCACUCCUCUCUCCUCCUCCCCCCCUCCCUCCCCACCUUCGCCUUCCUCCCACCAGGUGGUGUUCGCCACAGAGACACUGUCAGCGGGCAUCAACAUGCCUGCUCGCACCACUGUGCUCUCUGGGCUAUUUCCUCUAUCCCUCCCCUCCUCCCCAGUCCCCACUCCUCUCUCCUCCUCCCCCCCUCCCUCCCCACCUUCGCCUUCCUCCCACCAGGUGGUGUUCGCCACAGAGACACUGUCAGCGGGCAUCAACAUGCCUGCUCGCACCACUGUGCUCUCUGGGCGAUUUCCUCUAUCCCUCCCCUCCUCCCCAGUCCCCACUCCUCUCUCCUCCUCCCCCCCUCCCUCCCCAUCUUCGCCUUCCUCCCACCAGGUGGUGGUCGCCACAGAGACACUGUCAGCGGGCAUCAACAUGCCUGCUCGCACCACUGUGCUCUCUGGGCUAUUUCCUCUAUCCCUCCCCUCCUCCCCAGUCCCCACUCCUCUCUCCUCCUCCCCCCCUCCCUCCCCACCUUCGCCUUCCUCCCACCAGGUGGUGUUCGCCACAGAGACACUGUCAGCGGGCAUCAGCAUGCCUGCUCGCACCACUGUGCUCUCUGGGCUAUUUCCUCUAUCCCUCCCCUCCUCCCCAGUCCCCACUCCUCUCUCCUCCUCCCCCCCUCCCUCCCCACCUUCGCCUUCCUCCCACCAGGUGGUGUUCGCCACAGAGACACUGUCAGCGGGCAUCAGCAUGCCUGCUCGCACCACUGUGCUCUCUGGGCUAUUUCCUCUAUCCCUCCCCUCCUCCCCAGUCCCCACUCCUCUCUCCUCCUCCCCCCCUCCCUCCCCACCUUCGCCUUCCUCCCACCAGGUGGUGUUCGCCACAGAGACACUGUCAGCGGGCAUCAGCAUGCCUGCUCGCACCACUGUGCUCUCUGGGCUAUUUCCUCUAUCCCUCCCCUCCUCCCCAGUCCCCACUCCUCUCUCCUCCUCCCCCCCUCCCUCCCCACCUUCGCCUUCCUCCCACCAGGUGGUGUUCGCCACAGAGACAUUGUCAGCGGGCAUCAGCAUGCCUGCUCGCACCACUGUGCUCUCUGGGCUAUUUCCUCUAUCCCUCCCCUCCUCCCCAGUCCCCACUCCUCUCUCCUCCUCCCCCCCUCCCUCCCCACCUUCGCCUUCCUCCCACCAGGUGGUGGUCGCCACAGAGACACUGUCAGCGGGCAUCAACAUGCCUGCUCGCACCACUGUGCUCUCUGGGCUAUUUCCUCUAUCCCUCCCCUCCUCCCCAGUCCCCACUCCUCUCUCCUCCUCCCCCCCUCCCUCCCCACCUUCGCCUUCCUCCCACCAGGUGGUGUUCGCCACAGAGACACUGUCAGCGGGCAUCAGCAUGCCUGCUCGCACCACUGUGGUGUUCGCCACAGAGACACUGUCAGCGGGCAUCAGCAUGCCUGCUCGCACCACUGUGCUCUCUGGGCUAUUUCCUCUAUCCCUCCCCUCCUCCCCAGUCCCCACUCCUCUCUCCUCCUCCCCCCCUCCCUCCCCACCUUCGCCUUCCUCCCACCAGGUGGUGUUCGCCACAGAGACACUGUCAGCGGGCAUCAGCAUGCCUGCUCGCACCACUGUGGUGUUCGCCACAGAGACACUGUCAGCGGGCAUCAACAUGCCUGCUCGCACCACUGUGCUCUCUGGGCUAUUUCCUCUAUCCCUCCCCUCCUCCCCAGUCCCCACUCCUCUCUCCUCCUCCCCCCCUCCCUCCCCACCUUCGCCUUCCUCCCACCAGGUGGUGUUCGCCACAGAGACACUGUCAGCGGGCAUCAGCAUGCCUGCUCGCACCACUGUGCUCUCUGGGCUAUUUCCUCUAUCCCUCCCCUCCUCCCCAGUCCCCACUCCUCUCUCCUCCUCCCCCCCUCCCUCCCCACCUUCGCCUUCCUCCCACCAGGUGGUGUUCGCCACAGAGACACUGUCAGCGGGCAUCAGCAUGCCUGCUCGCACCACUGUGCUCUCUGGGCUAUUUCCUCUAUCCCUCCCCUCCUCCCCAGUCCCCACUCCUCUCUCCUCCUCCCCCCCUCCCUCCCCACCUUCGCCUUCCUCCCACCAGGUGGUGUUCGCCACAGAGACACUGACAGCGGGCAUCAACAUGCCUGCUCGCACCACUGUGCUCUCUGGGCUAUUUCCUCUAUCCCUCCCCUCCUCCCCAGUCCCCACUCCUCUCUCCUCCUCCCCCCCUCCCUCCCCACCUUCGCCUUCCUCCCACCAGGUGGUGUUCGCCACAGAGACACUGUCAGCGGGCAUCAACAUGCCUGCUCGCACCACUGUGCUCUCUGGGCUAUUUCCUCUAUCCCUCCCCUCCUCCCCAGUCCCCACUCCUCUCUCCUCCUCCCCCCCUCCCUCCCCACCUUCGCCUUCCUCCCACCAGGUGGUGUUCGCCACAGAGACACUGUCAGCGGGCAUCAGCAUGCCUGCUCGCACCACUGUGCUCUCUGGGCUAUUUCCUCUAUCCCUCCCCUCCUCCCCAGUCCCCACUCCUCUCUCCUCCUCCCCCCCUCCCUCCCCACCUUCGCCUUCCUCCCACCAGGUGGUGUUCGCCACAGAGACACUGUCAGCGGGCAUCAGCAUGCCUGCUCGCACCACUGUGCUCUCUGGGCUAUUUCCUCUAUCCCUCCCCUCCUCCCCAGUCCCCACUCCUCUCUCCUCCUCCCCCCCUCCCUCCCCACCUUCGCCUUCCUCCCACCAGGUGGUGUUCGCCACAGAGACACUGACAGCGGGCAUCAACAUGCCUGCUCGCACCACUGUGCUCUCUGGGCUAUUUCCUCUAUCCCUCCCCUCCUCCCCAGUCCCCACUCCUCUCUCCUCCUCCCCCCCUCCCUCCCCACCUUCGCCUUCCUCCCACCAGGUGGUGUUCGCCACAGAGACACUGUCAGCGGGCAUCAACAUGCCUGCUCGCACCACUGUGCUCUCUGCUCUCUCCAAGCAUCUGGGCGGGUAUGGAUGCAUGGUGCUGGGUGUGAUAGAGGGGAAACGCCGGUCGCAGCCUGCUCUCAGCCAAAGCGAUGCUGCAGAUGGCGGGGCGUGCGGGCAGGAGGGGCAAGGACAGGCAGGGGCACGUGGUGGUGGUGCAGACGCCCUUUCAUUCCCCUUCCCUCUCCUCCUCUCACCUUUCCCUUCCACUCCCCCUCACCUCGUGCGCAGGGGUAACGCGGGUCGCAGUCUCCUCUCAGCCAACGCGCUGCUACAGAUGGCGGGGCGGGCGGGCAGGAGGGGCAGGGGCACGUGGUGGUGGUGCAGACGCCCUUUCAUUCCCCUCUCACCUUCCCCUUCCACUCCCCCUCACCUUGUGCACAGUGGUAAUGCGGGUCGCAGUCUGCUCUCAGCAAACGCAAUGCUUCAGAUGGCGGGGCGGGCAGGGAGGCGGGGCAAGGACAGGCAGGGGCACGUGGUGGUGGUGCAGACGCCCUUUGAGGGCGCGCAGGACUGCUGCCGCCUGCUGCUGGGGGGGGCUGACCCGCUUGUGUCUCAGUUCACGGCCACCUAUGGCAUGGCGCUCAACCUGCUGGGGGGCGCUCCUGUUUGGCAGGAGAAGACAGAGGCGGGCAGUGGUACGGGCGCAGACGGAGGUGACUCAAACGAGGGUGCCUCUACCAGCAACGGCGCUGCAGGCGAGCCUGCAGUAGCUGCUGCAGGGGAGGAGGGCGAAGCAGCAGAGGCGUCAGCGGCAGCAGCGGCAGAGCCGGUGACGGCAGUGGCGGUGCGGCGGGGGCGCAGCAUGGAAGAGGCGAAGGCGCUGAUAGAGAGGAGCUUUGGGAACUACCUGGCGAGCGAGGUGCUGCAGCAGGCGCGGCAGCAGCUAGCAACGUUGGAGGAGAAGCUGGCGCAGCUGAGGCAGCGCAGAGGGGAGGUGGAGAGGCAGAUGCGGAGCGAGGAGGAGGGGGAGGACGAGGUGACAGGCGCGUUCCGAGCCAUGGUGGGCGAGUUCGUGGUGAGUGGUGGGGGGAAUGGGCUGGGGGAGGUGGUGGGGGGAAAGGGCUGGGGGAGGUGGUGGGGGGAAAGGGCUGGGGGAGGUGGUGGGGGGAAAGGGCUGGGGGAGGUGUCCACGCGGCACACGGUGGCAACACUGCAGAGGCAGGUGUUUCAGCAGCGAGCAUCCGCCCUCGACCCCCAGAUACAGGACGCCUUGCUCUGGGCUGACAAGUUCCCAGACCUGGCGUCCGGGGCUGUGCGGUCGGUUCGGGGGCUGCUGGUUGGGCAGCUGGAGGCGCUGCCCCCGUACCUGCAGGAGGAGGGGGAGGACUGGGCGGAGGAAGGAGGGGUGGGGGAGGAGGAGGGCGUUAUAGGGGAGGAUUCCCAUUGGUACAUCCUCCCCUCGCCCUGCAUCCGCCAGCUAAUCAGAGCGCAGUACGACCCCACCGAUCAAUCGGAGCUCGCCAUGUCAGCGGCCGACGGGCGGCAGCUCGUUGGCAGGUACCUCUGGCCGGAUGGCCGGCAGGACGAGGCAGAUGAGACGGCUGGGUGGCAGCGGGCGGCAAAGCUGAAACUUUUCCUGCCGCCUGUGCCGGAGAUGCUACAGGGAUGGCUCAGGGGGAGCGGAGGGGAGAAAGGGGAGAGAACAGAGAAGCUAUCACAAACUAGAAAGAGAGUAAAGGCUUCGGCGGUGUAUAAGCGGCGGCAGCAGCAGAUGACGGAGAUGGGGAGGUGUGAGUACGAGGAGGGGAAGGUGGGGAGGCGGGUGGAGGCUCUGAGGAGGCGGAUUGCGGGCAUGCAGCCGGCCGGGUGGCAGGAGUUUGUUCAGGUGGUUCAGGUGCUGGCUCAGGCGGAUGCGCUGGACCCGCAGAGCAGCACGCUCAUGCCGCUCGGGGAGAUUGCUGCCAAGGUGCGAGGGGUGAACGAGCUGUGGAUCGCAGUAGCUCUCUCGCACCCCUCCCUCCCGCGCCUCUCACCGCCAGCCAUUGCGGGGUGCUGCGCCGCUCUGGUGUCUGAAGGCAUGCGCAUGCGCACAGGCGACGGCAGUUCGCCCUCCUUCCCCUACGAGCCCUCCUGGGAGGUGCAGGAGUGGGUGUACGAGGCAGAGGAGCGCCGCGAUUGGCUGAUGCAGCUCCAGCUGGCUGCCAACGUGGCAAUCCCUGCUGACCUGGACGCGCAGUUCGCGGGAGUGGUGGAGGCGUGGGCGCAGGGUGUGACGUGGCGCCAGCUCAUCGCUGACUGUGCGGGGCUGGAUGAGGGGGACAUUGCACGGCUGCUAAGGCGCACCAUUGACUUGCUCUCUCAGAUCCCAUACCUUCCCGGCAUCGACCCCUCAUUGGCCAAGGCAGCAAAGCAGUCCGCUUAUGUCAUGGAGCGACCACCCAUCUCCGAGCUCAUUGGCUGA